AUGGCCAGCUUGCACCGGGAGUUUUCUUCCUUAGGCUAUAAUCUCGCGGAAAUUAGGUUAAAUCUUAAUAUCCAGAAGAUUGCUGCUACUCGGGGAUGCCCAUUUUUGAAGAUUUCGAGGCCUGCCGGAGUGGAAUUUUUGCGUAGUUCAACAAGGGGACAGAGAGCUCUUAAAGUUCCAAGUAUACAGAUGACGUUGGUAGAUGAAAGGCUCAUGGGCAAAAGAGCAAUCGUGAAGCCUGCUGAUAUUCUGGCAUAUGAUCUUGUUCAAGGAGCUAAUGUGACUUGGAGUUAUAUUAUGAACAGAUCAGUCCCCGAGCCACCAACUGCUGUUCUCUUGCAUGGCAUUCUGGGAAGCAGGAAAAACUGGGGAACCUUCGCAAGGAGAUUGGCUAAGGAAUUUCCGAAAUGGCAGUUUCUCUUGGUAGACCUAAGAUGCCAUGGUGAUUCAACAUCUAUCCAAAAGAAGGGACCUCAUACUGUUGCUGCAGCAGCUCUCGAUGUCUUAAAGCUUCUUGGGCAGCUUAAACUAACUCCCCGUGUCGUAGUUGGUCAUAGCUUUGGAGGGAAAGUCGCCUUGAGCAUGGUCGAGCAAGCUGCAAAACCUCUUGCCCGACCUGUGAGAGUUUGGGUUCUAGAUUCCACCCCUGGAAAAGUUCGAGCUGGUGGAGAUGGAGAUGACCAUCCUGCUGAACUAAUUACUUUUCUGAGUAGAUUGCCUUCUGAGAUUUCUUCCAAAAGGGAUGUUGUGGAUGCUUUAGUUCAGGAAGGUUUCUCAAAUGAUGUGGCACAGUGGGUGGUAACUAAUCUGCGGCAAGGAGGCCCUCCCGGUUCAUCAUCAUCCAGCUUCUCUUGGAUAUUUGAUCUCAACGGUAUUUCUGAAAUGUACAAGUCAUAUGAAGAAACUAACAUGUGGAAACUUGUGGAAGAUGUACCUCGUGGUGUACAUGUAAAUUUUUUAAAAGCUGAGAGAAGUUUACACCGGUGGGCCCUCGAAGAUCUUCAGAGAAUUCAUGCGGCUGAGGAGCAAGCGGCUGAAGAGGGAGGCGGAGUUGAAAUGCAUGUAUUGGAAGAUGCAGGUCAUUGGGUACAUGCUGAUAAUCCGGACGGGUUGUUCAAGAUUCUUUCAUUCUCAUUCCAAGGAUUCUAG